AUGGCGUCGCCGCGGAGUCCGGCACACGCAUCCAUUUUAUCAGGAGCCCGGCGCGGCGGCGCUCAGGAACGAAGGCUGCGGUGUGGAAGGCCGGGCCGGCUCCGCGCUCAGCGAGCGGAGACCCCGCGGCCGCCGCAGGUGCAAGCGCCGCAAGCCCCGCCCCGCCCGCCGCCCCAGCCAACCGCGGGCGGCGGGGGCGGGGCCUGGACCCGCCACACCUGGGGCGGCCGCCCGGCCGUGUCCCAACCACGCUGCCCACAGCCCGCGGCCCGCCGCUCAAGCCCGCCGCCCCGCCCCACCCGCGUCCCCGGCCCCUGCCUGCCCCGCGACCGGUGCGAGGCCCGCCCUGCCCACCCGGCCGGAGUCGUCCCCUCAGUCCCGCCGCCGCGCCGCCCCAGCCGUUUCCACAACGGCUCCGCCUCAACCGUCGGGAGGCUGGCCGUCCGCCCGCUCGCCCACCCGCCGCUGCUGGAGACCGGCCCGGCGUCACGGCCCCCCUCCACGCAGCCCCGCUGUCAGGGAGGCCCGGCCCGGCGCCCGGCUCUACCUGCGGCUGGAGGAAGCCUCCCCGUCCGGGCCCGGGAGCCGCCGCCACGGCCGCCGACUCGAGUCGCGUCUCUGCUCUCCGCGACCGCCGCGGCUCUUCAGGCGGCCGACGGUGGGCGGGAAGCGCCCGCCCAAUCAGCGCCGCGUGCGUUCGGAAUCGCGUCCAAUCAGCGCAGCUCGCAGUCCAGGCUCCGCCCCUCGUGCUCGCCGGCGACGCAGGGGUCGCCAGAGGCCGAAGCCAGGGGCGCCGCGGUGGGCGCGGCUCGGGGCCGGGCCGGGUAG